CCGUGGUCUGAUUGAGGAAGGUAGCUUCAUCACUUCUUUAUGAGGAAUCUACAUCCAGUACCUGCCCAAUUUCCUCCAAAGAGAAAACAAUUCAGUGGACAAAGUGCCACAAACCCAAAGGCCAAGGACUACCUGUGGGAGUUGAAAAAUGAUGGUGAUUCCAGCAUUUGUUAUCUUGCUGAUCCUACUAACUGUUAUCUUUCGCAAAGUAAGAGGCUGCUUCAAGGCCGAGACGACAUCAGAUAUAGUUGUUAGCAAUCAGGAUGAGGAAAUUAAUGUGGAAAACAUAGGGCAAGAGGAGCCAAGGACCAUGGUGACUUCUCGAUUCGAUGUUUUCCUCAGCUUCAGAGGUAAAGACACUCGCAAUGGAUUCACAGACCAUCUAUAUGAGGGCCUUCAGUCGCGUUACGUUAACACCUUCAGAGACAGCGAGGGCUUGAAAAAGGGUGAGAAGAUCGAGCAACUACUUGGAUACAUUGAAAACUCUAAGGUCUGUAUCCCUGUCAUCUCCGAGGGCUAUGCUCAUUCAAAAUGGUGCUUAAAAGAGCUUGCCAAAAUGAUGGAGUGUAAGAAAAAGAUAAUUCCUGUGUUCUUUAAGGUGAAUAUCUCUGAUGUUAAGAAUCAGAGCGGUAGCUUUGCUUCCGGAUUUGAGAAGCAUGAAUCCAAGGGGAAGGUAAAGCAGGAGGAGCUGAUAAAGUGGAGGGAAGCAUUAAUAGAAGUGGGAAAUAUCUCAGGUUUCACUCUCAAGGACACUAAUUGGAAGGAGGGGAAGCUUGUACUAAUUAUUGUUAAGAGGAUUCUACAGGAACUGAACCCACAUCAUUUACAUGUGGGUGAAUAUAUCAUUGGACAUGAAUCCCACCUCGAGAAACUUAGGAUGGUCUUGGAUGUGAAGUCUGAUGAUGUUCGGAUGAUCGGGAUCCAUGGAAUGGGCGGCAUCGGAAAGACCACCCUCGUCAAAGCUGUCCACAAUGAAAUUUCUUCUGAAUUUGAAGCUUGUAGCUUUCUUUUUAAUGUCCGGGGAACGUCCCUAGUGUCACUUCAGCAACAGCUGCUUAAGGACAUAUUCCAAUCUGAUGAAACUUUUACACAUGAGAGCAAAGGAACUCAGCUCAUCAAAGACAAAAUUGGUAGAAAGAAAGUCCUUAUCAUUCUUGAUGACGUGGAUAGCAGGGAUCAGCUUAAAGCAUUGGUCGGCAGCCGAGAUUGGUUUAGAAAGGGAAGCAGGAUUAUAAUCACAACAAGAGAUACAGAACCCUUAAAUAAGCAUGUGAAUAGGGAUGAGCUUUAUGAGCUUCCGGUAUUAAACCAUGAUGAUUCUAAGAAGUUGUUCUGCUACCAUGCCUUUGGGAGUGAGAAACCAUCAAUUAGUAGUGAAUAUGCCGAGAUGUGUGAUGAAGCACUGUCAUUCAUUAAAGGGCUGCCAUUAGCAUUGGAAGUCCUUGGGUCGCAGUUCUUUGACUUUGACUUGAAGACUGAAAAACAAUGGAGGGGUACGUUGGCACGGUUGAAGGAAAGCCAGCAGAAAAAGAUUUUUGAGAUGUUGAAAUUAAGUUUUGAUAGCCUCGAUGACAACGAGAAGCAGGUGUUUUUAGAUAUCGCUUGUUUUUUUGUCGGCAAGAGCCGGAGAAGACAUAAAUGCUGGUUUGACUAUUUUGAAGUGGAUGAUAUAAAAGUUUUUUGGGAAGAAUGUGGUUUUCACCCUGAGCCUGCAAUUAAUGUCUUAAAGCAUAAGUCUCUCAUAAAGAUUAAUAAAUGGGAAGAAAACUAUGAUAGUUUGGAGAAGUGGCGGUUUGAAAUGCACGACCAGAUAAGAGACAUGGGAAGGAAAAUUGUUGAAGAUGAAGGGAAGGCAUGUAGCCGGUUGUGGAAUGAUCGCAAAGUUAUAAAGACUUUGCGAAAACAAAAGGCACCAAGUACUACAAGCAUUGAAGGGAUCAUGUUCCAAGGAGAAGAAGAAGCAUCAGAUUUUAGUGUUCCAUGCCUCCAAGAAAUGGAUGGGUUGAGGCUGUUGCAUGUUCAAGAUGCUAAAUUUGAAGGUUUCCCACAUUUACCCGAGGACUUGAAAUGGUUGGGAUUGCCAAACUGCCAACAUUUCUUGAUGCCGACAUCUGUCUCUAUACCUAAGGAGGUUACAGUCCUUGAUCUACAUGAUAAUGACGAUGUGGCUAAUGUUCUACUUAAUAAAUGCAUUUCAAGAAGCAUGGUAUUCGAUAAGUUGAAGGUUCUUUACCUCAGUUACAUGAGAAUAACCAUAACCCCUGAUUUCUCCAUGAUGCCUUGCUUGGUGAAAGCGACAUUUGAAUAUUGCAUACAAUUGGUUGAAGUUGAUGAAUCGGUGGGGCAACUCAAGAGUUUGGUAUGGUUGAGCUUCAGAGGUUGUGAAAAGUUGGAGAAAUUUCCUGACACCAUUUGCCAAUUAACUUCCCUUGAGUUCUUUUCUCUUAAUCAUUGUUGCAACCUUCUUUAUUUGCCAAAGCAGUUAGGGAACAUGGCAUCUCUAAAACAUCUUGACCUUCGCACCAGGUCGAGACAUAUUAGAAGCUUGCCAGAUACCAUUAGGAAGUUGCACGUUUUGGAACACUUGCUUAUUGAUGGAUUUAUUAGAGAAAUAUCAAUUGCCAGCGAUUCAGAAGACCUAGUGGCAGCAAGCAAGAUAAUUUGUUGGUCUGCCUACAUCCUUGAUGUGUUGCCUGAUCCAUGUUGCCGAAGAAAAAUUCAUCUCGAGUUGAUUGACUACACAGUUGAAGAGUUGUCACCGAACUUCAUAAGGUGGGAAAACCUUGAGUUAUUGAUAUUGAAAUGUAGGUCCCUCAAAUCAUUGCCGGUUGGAAUUGGGCAACUUCCAAAACUAAAGGUUCUCGAGGUGUAUAGCGACAAUCACAUAUUAGUUGAUGAUGCUCUACCAUUGGCAAGUAUUGAAAAAUUGGUACUAAAAUGUGCUGUCCUUCAAUAUUUUUCUUCCUUCAACAAAAAGACACAAAAUCUAAAGCACCUAAUUUUAAAGUCCAAGAAAAUACAAGUCCUACCAGAUUGGAUUGGAUCCUCGAGUAAGCUUGAGAAUUUAGAACUAAGAGGCUGCAAAAUUAUGGAGUCAAAGGUUCCUGCUGAUCACUCUAACACUUUGAGAAUUGCAUUCGUGUUUGAGAAUUUGAAGAUCCUCAGUCUUGAUGGUGACCGAAUGAACGUCACCCCUAGCUUCUCUUAUCUCCCUUGCUUGGAGAAGCUGACGCUCACAAAUUGCAAGGAGCUAAUUGAAGUCCAAGAGUCAAUUGGGAGCCUUAAAAAGUUGCAAUUUCUAAAGAUAUCAGGAUGCACCAUGUUGGAGAGACUACCAGACAACAUAUGUGAAUUACGUUCUCUUAAAAGUCUUGAUCUCAAGGGAUGCGUAAACCUUUCAUCUUUGCCUGAACAAUUGGUAGAUCACAUGGAGAUGUUGGAGGAGUUGUGUCUUGAUAGAACAGGAAUUAGAAGCUUACCUAUAAAUUUGAUGGCCAAAUUACAGACUAGUCUACGGAGUCUGUCCAUAAAGAACUGUCAAUCUCUAAAGAGGAAUAUACCUUGGUCACUUACAAGCUGUUUGGAGUCUCUGAGAGAACUUUAUGUCAUAGGCAGCCUUUUCAAAGGAAUGUCUAAUAAUGACUUUUUUGAGUUGAAGUCCACUGGAUCAUUGAGGGCAUCAACAUCUUGGGAGUUCAUGGAUGCAUUACCCAUAUCUUGUUGUGAAUCAGUGCUUAAGCUUUGUUUUACAAACGAGAGAAUUGAAAAGUUGACGGAUUCUAUUGGACGGUUCGAGCAUGUUGAGUCUUUGACACUAAGAUGCAAGAUGUUGAAAGCUCUACCCGAUUCCAUUGGGCAACUGAAAAACCUUGAGGAUUUGACUCUAAACUGUUAUACUAUCACAUUAUUUGACUUGAUAUACUUGUUGGAGAGCCUUGAAAGACUGAAGGUAGAGUGUGUUGAGUUUGUACCUCUACCUUUCUCAUCUACAACACUUGGGACUUCAACAACAGAUCAGAGCAACAAGAGUACUGUGAUGAAGAAAUUAAAGGAGUUGACUCUUUGUGCCAAGCAAAUUACUGUUACGCCAGAUUUCUCUUUUGCCCCUUACUUAGAGAAGUUGACUCUAAGAAAUUGUGAGAUGUUGAUUGAAGUUCAUGACUCGGUCGGGACUCUUGAGAAAUUACGGAAUCUAGAAAUAAAAGGAUGCAACUCAUUGGAGGGACUUCCCUACACCAUAGGUCAUUUAACUUCCCUGAGACACCUUGUUCUUAGUCAGCAUUUCGGCCUCUUCUCUUCACCAGAAAAAUUAUGGGACAUGGAGUUGCUCAAGAACCUUGGUCUUCGUGAAACUGGAAUUAACAGCAUACUGACCUCAAUAGAGAAGCUAACUCAACUGUGGUAUCUAAAAUUAGAGAAGUCCUGUCCCGGCAGGGGCAACUUCAGGGUGUCUAAGUGGGAGAUUUCGAGCUCAUGCUCCGAGUUGGUAACAGCUCUGCCGUCUUCUUUUUUAUGUUCAGUGAAAAGACUUGUCAUCACGGAUGACCAAAUUGAAGCGUUGCCAGACUGUAUAGCACAAAUGCAAAAUUUGGAGUACUUGGAAUUAAAAUGUCAGUUCCUCAAAGCCCUGCCUAAGUGGAUUGGACAAUUGAAACAACUCCGCACCUUUGCAGUGGAGUGCGACAAUAUUCCCAUAUUCAUUGACGAGAUGUGCUCAUGGGAACACAUUGAGAUCUGGUUAAGGGUAAGAUGCCUUCAGUUGAAGGCAGUGACUUCCUCCAUCGAAGAGCUAAAAAAUGUGAAGUUCAUAGAGUUGGAUCUAUCGGAAACUGGAAUUGUGGAACUCCCUCCAUGGCUUGGGUGCUUCGUAAAACUGGAGCGCCUGAAAUUGAGGAAUAUUACUCGAAACAAUGUUCUUCUCUCUGGGCUGUCACAGUUGACAUCAUUGAAAGAGUUGGUCUUGUCAGAAAGCAAUUUCAAGAGCCUUCCUUCAUGUAUAAGCAGCUUCUCUAGACUUGAAAUGCUUAAUGUAUCCGGAUGCAAGCUGCUUCACACUAUCCCUCACCUUUCCUCCUCUGUUCUAUGGCAGCUUGACGCUUCCAACUGCACCAAUUUGAAAUGCUUACCAGACUUUGCAAAUUUGCAAUCCCUAAGGGAAUUAUCUCUUGGAGGCUGCAACUCGCUCGAAUGCAUUCCUGGCUUUGAAACCAUUGCAGAAAAUAUUGAGGGUUUGGAAUUGCCAGGGCCAAGUGGUGGGAUACAGUGCAGCAACCUUAGCAAUGAUUUCAAGAACAAAGUGUUUAGGAGACCACUCUUUCGAAAUUUAUGGAGAUUCAAAAUGGGAGGGAAUCUCAUUGCUGGGCCUCACAGCGGUCAGCAAAGCAUGUCUUUCUUGUUUCCAGACGUGAGAUUUAACAUUGGGAAAAGGUGCCGGUCACUAGAGCUGAUUUUAGAUGGCAUGAUCUCAUCGGUAGUAGACAUGGCAGUGGUCAUGGAAGACGACCAUGUCCUCUUUGAGACGAGGCUCGCAGAAGAUGACUUUGAUAGUGAUGAUGGAGUCUCCAAAACCUUUUCUUUUAUUGGACGAGAUCAGGAGAUACUAAAGCAUUUAAAGAAAGGGUAUGGAACAUUACUCGUAUCGACGGAUGUGUCAAAGCUGUCCAGAGUUGAACUACAAGCAACCUAUCUGUAA